UCAGAAACAACCGUGUUUUGUAUGAGUUUAGCUGAGAGGAACGUGUUGGGGCAAGUACUGGCGGUGAAAUGAAGACAAACUUGUUAAAUGCACGUUAAAACGUCAAAAACAUCGGUAUUUAUGUGUAGUUAAGUGGCUAAAAGGUUAUAGUCUAAGCUUGUUGUGUUUUAAUCGCCACAAUGUUCAUUCUUAAGCGUGUUUUGUCCGUCGGAGGCACCAUGGUCCCCGAAAGCACCUCCCUGUCUGUGAGUCACUUCUCCGCAUGUCAGUGCCUAAGGUCGCCUAAAAAGAGAAGUCCGUACAGCUCCGUGGACAGUGAGCGCUACUCGUCUCUUGUGAAGUCUGUCAUGUCUGUCAGGAUCACUUCCCAGUCCCCUGAAACCCUUCAGGCGGAAGACGAUUACAUUUACGGACCUGUUGUCAAAGCUCAGACGCCCGCAAGACCAGAGAAGAGGGAACCUAAAAAUUUCCACCCUUUCUUAGACUGUAAAGAGACUCUAGAAACAGAAGAGCAGCUGGAGCCAGGACCUCCACUCCGGAUUUCAUUAAACAGAGGAAAGGGGAGGUCUUCCACUCCGAGUGUGACCCGGAUUCUUCAGCAGACACUUUCCCCGGAGCAACUCUUCUACCUGGAGAGGUGGAAGAGGAAGAUGGUGGAAGAGUUGGGAGAGGAAGGCUUCAAAGAAUACAGCAAGAAUUUGUUCAGACAAGGGAAGCUUUUCCAUUCAGCUGUGGAGGACAUUCUGAUGUCGGGUGCAACGCAGAAGAGCGAAAGCUGUUCAGAGACGCCAGAGUAUCCGCCUGAGGCUCAGGGAUACAUCGAGAGCGUCUCUCACAUACUGGAGGAUGUCAGUGAUGUGAGAGCUAUUGAAAGCACUGUACAGCAUGACACGCUGAACUACACGGGGAUUGUGGAUUGUGUCGCUCGCUACAGGGGUGUGCUCUGUGUUAUUGACUGGAAGACUUCAGAAAAGCCCAAACCAUUCCUGAGCAACACGUACGACAACCCCAUUCAAGUGGCAGCCUAUGCUGGGGCUUUGAACGGCGAUAGCCACUACAAAUAUCAGGUUGAAAAUGGCCUCAUUGUCGUAGCCUACAAGGACGGUUCGCCUGCCCAUGCUCACCAAAUCAACUCAGAGCUGAUUUUGGAGUACUGGAAAACUUGGUUGCUACGCCUGGAAGAAUUCACAGAACAUAGAUCCAGUCAAGCGUCAAGUGCUUCUUCAGAAAAGAGAUGAGACGUGCAAGGAUAAUAUAAAUAAUACAACAUAAUCUUAAGUGAAGAAGGCCUAAAAGCAUUAGCUUCACGUAACCAUUCAUGACUUACAUUUUCAGUUGAAUAUUUUCGU